ACUUAGUUUCAGCAAGUUGCAGGGAGAGGUAGGUGCUUAUGCACCUGUUUAUGGUAAAUAAGAUAGUGGCUCAUUUGAUAACACAACGGGGAUUGCAUUGCUCAGCUUUAAGGCAUUUAUCUCUAUCUAACAAUGCGUGGCUGAGUUGCAAACUGAGCAAUCUGUAGAGUUUGAUAUGAACAGUCAUUAUGGCAACAGAUUAGCUGGUGCGCUGCCUAAUGGAGUAUCGUUUUCCGAGACUUGUCCACCGAGGCCGUGCUUUAAUGACCCUUAACGGCUUGCCCUCACCAAGUGGGUUAAGAUGACAGACAUACUCUGGACACAAGAUAGACGAAACGAGUGAGCCAUAACUCAUCAGCACUGUGCCUCAUGCCUUUCGUUCCAAGUGUUUGACAUCUCAUUUGUGUGUGGGUUAUUUUCUUGGGAUCCUAACUAACUACAACGACACCUGGAUUGCAUUUAAAAUACGUGUACAGAGGGUAUACAAGUGUUUUCAAUACAGUCCUUGACUCAGCCUAGCUUUCUCUUUAGACUGGAAAAGUGUUAAGAGAAGAAAAAAGAAUUAAGAACAAUGUGAACGGUGAACGAAUGGAGAGAAGUUGGGCCAUGGAGUCAAGUCUUAAGCGUGAGAUAGCUGAUUCACUUCCCUGCCCUCACCUAUAGACGACUUCCCUAGUUUUUUCCUGGUGCCCGUGGUGAGCCGUGACUUGGGAAGAACCGAGUAACAAUUGAUAGAAGAACGAUAUGAUGCUCCCAUACGCCCUCCGUAUUUUGCUAUUGACCCUGAAGCAUUCAUUACCUUGGUUCAUGGUUUACUUGUACGGAUACUUGAAUGGGAAUGUCUGGUUGUUUCUACUCUGCUCUCUGUUCUUUUACUCGACCCGAGAUUGGACUUUUCGGAGGAAAAUACGAGAAAAGAUAAAUACCGCGACUUCUGCUUUGGAACUCUCUGUGCUCAAUGUCGCUUCGGAGCACGACCUUCCUGCUUGGGUUCGUCAUCCGGAUGCUCAUAGGUCAGAAUGGUCCAAUGUCAUCUUAAAACGGUUGUGGCCACACUUGGAAGCCUUUUUGAACGUGUCCUUUCAAAAUCUGGAAAAGGAUCCGGGAUUGCAAGAAAAGCUCGGUCCACUCCGGAUCAAAAUGAUUCGAUUCCCAGAUUUCUCGUUGGGCAAGAUUCCUCCGAAAAUUGGAGGGAUCAAAGUUCACCAAGCCGUCCACCGAGAUGAAAUUAUCAUAGAUGUCAGCCUUCAUUAUCGAGGAGAUCUCCGGCUGAAUUUUGAUAUCGUUCUCAAAGAUCUAUCUUCGCCCUUAAGAUCUUCGAUUAACAAUUUCAGUUUUAACGGAACUUUAAGAAUACAUUUGACGCCACUGCUGAAGGAUGUGCCUUUUGUUGGAGGGUUGAAGAUUAUGUUCCUUCAAGCUCCGGAGAUUGAUUUCGAUCUAGGAGGCAUGGCUACUAGUCUGGACAUGCCAGGUAUUGGUCUUUUCUUGCGCCACGUCAUUCAAGAUCAACUGGAGCAUACCAUUGUCAUGCCGCACGCCAUCCACGUUUCAAUGCUUGAUCCGGAAAGACUCGCGAUGCUUUCCGCGAUUAAAGCCGAAUCACAAAAGGGGCUCUUGUUACCAGCUGGAGUGCUGACAGUGAAUAUUAUUGAAGGAAAAGGAUUAGUGAACAAGGACAAAGCUUUCCUGGGUCAGGGCAAGUCUGAUCCAUAUGCAAAGUUACGAAUUGUGGCCGAUGGAAUGGCACACGUGUUUAAAACUGAAGUCGUCCCGGAUAAUCUUCAUCCGGUUUGGAACCAUGUUGUUGAUAUGCCAGUGGAUGAUCCUGAGACUCUAGAUAACCUUCAGAUUGAAAUUUGGGAUGAGGACAGAGGAAGCAAAGACGAUUUCAUGGGGAAAUGCACCAUCCCAGUGAAGGUUCUCCGCACUGCAAUUACGAGCCGUCAAGCCCAAGAUGUGUGGAAAGAAUUGGAGGAAGUCAAGAAGGGAUCCCUCCAUACAGAAGUCAGCUGGUCAGAACUGAAUUUGAAUCGGAAUGACUCCGAGGAUGAUUUCCAUAAGGGCGUCGUGACUAUUCUUGUGGAUUCUUGUAGUAGUCUAUUGGGCGGAAGAACUGGUCUCAAGUUGCCUAAUCCUUUAGUGGUAGCAGAGUUAUGUUCCAUUACUCAAUCGACAGAAACUGUAAUCGGCUCCGUCAACCCUGUCUUCUCACAUCGAAUGAACUUUCUGGUCCGAGAUCCAACAUCAGAUACCCUCAAGAUCACCGUUAAAGACGACAAGAGAGAUGAGGAUCUGGGAUCCAUCAGAAUCCACCUAUCCGACCUUUUGGGCCAAGCUGACCUCAGUUUUGUCAACCAGAAAUACACACUGACCUCCCGUCUGGCGAAGGGUGGCAAAUCACCAGUUGUGACUCUCUCCUUGAUGUUCCGAUAUAUUCAUCGACCCACCACUAGUAGUUUUGGGGUGCACAAGAGUCUCCGUGAGUUGCAUAAGAUCAUGGCAACCACUCUCAAGCCUGUUGCAGCCGUGGGAGUUGUAGAUCAUUCUAUUCGAGAGGUUCAAAAACCGGUAAAAAUUGCCCAUCGAGGACCGAUCCACUCGGAUCCGACCUUGGCUGAAGAUGGAGAUAGUUUAACUUUUAUGGACGAUACGGAAACAGCAUCCACAACGUCGAGCACCGCAACUGCCGAUACAAAAGAGAAUCACAACAACAUUAGUGCAAUCACAAAUAACAACAACAACAACAAUUAUAAUAAUAAUAUUGCUUCUCCUGAAGCCCUGGACGAAAAGAAAACUGAUCUCAAGAGGCAACUUGAAGAGUCAUACCCGGUGAAUAAUUCAGUUGCUACAACGAAUGGGCAUUUGCACGAUCAGCGGACAAUAACACCCCAACGCAAUGCAUCGAUUAACAGAUCAUAUCGGAAUAUCAGGCCAGAAAUCCAUAACUUACCAAGUUCGCCUAUUCGAGUAGACUCUCAACCAAAAGUAUUGAUCCGUUUAACCUACAACAUCAGGACCAAAACGCUGACAGUUGGGAUUCGCAAGGUCAAAAACCUACAACACACCAAUUUCAUGUCGUUGCCGAGUCCUUACGUGAAAACCUACUUGAUCCAAACCGUGGGUGUGGGAUGUAGUCGCCGAAUUGCCCACAGCAAACGAAAGACUAGUGUUCGCAAGCAAACCGUUCAUCCCAACUUUGAAGAGAGUUUUGAAUAUUUCAUGCCCUUGUCACAUAUUGGGCAUCGUCGAAUGGAAACUAUGGUGUGCAGCGAUAGCAGAAUUUUAGGUCGAAAUUCGGUCAUUGGGAGAGUCAUCAUUGAAUUCUGGGACGUUCACCAGGCCAUCUUGUCUCGGGAAAAUCCCAACAAGACCGAUUCCAUUGUGGUGGAAGAUUGGCACAUUUUGAAUUGCGCCAAGAGCGCUGAACCAAUGGGAACCCAUUCCACCUUACCCCGAUCUCGAAGCACACCCACAAGCUCUACUCUUCCACGCAAGCAUUCAAGCUCACUCACAUCUAGUCCAAGUUUUAAGCAUUAAUCGAUUCAUCAUGAACUAUGCAUGUUUAUUUGCUGGUCGAUCAAGGCCAUUUUUAUGUCGAUAAGCGCACAAUCAUUUCCACUCUUUUUGCUCAUUUUUACCUAGACGUGCCAUAAACAAAUUUUAACGAA